AUGGCUAACAGGGCGGGGUGUGUGGUGCAGGCUUCUCAGCAUACCUCCAAGCAGCGCCUUGCGCUCGCCAUCUGCGACUUCCUGAGCACUUCGACCACGGACGGCACCCUCACCGCCGACGACAAGGACGAGGUCGAGGUCGCGGUAAACUGCAUCGCCGAGUCGUUCAAGGUUGACCCCGCCGACAAGGACGCCGUCCGCGCCGCCGUCGGCUCCCAGAGCUUGCUGUCCAUCUACUCCGUCUACGAGAAGCUGAAGGCUUCCACUGGUGCACCCGGGCCUGCGCCUGCGGCCGGCGGUCCUGCGGGCGCUUCUGCCGCCGCCGCCGAGCCCGCCGAGGAGCAGAAGAAGGAGGCCGAGGGCCUCAAGAGCAAGGGCAAUGCCGCCAUGGCCCAGAAGGACUACCCCACGGCCAUCGAUUUAUACACCCAGGCCUUGAAGCUGUACCCUGCCAAUGCCGUUUUCUUGUCCAACCGUGCUGCUGCGCACUCUGCCGCCAAGGACCAUGCCUCUGCUCGCAUCGACGCCGAGGCCGCUGUUGCUGUUGACCCUACCUACACCAAGGCCUGGUCUCGUCUCGGUCUCGCUCGCUUUGCCCUUGGAGAUGCCAAGGGCGCUAUGGAGGCCUACAACAAGGGUAUUGAGUAUGAGGGCAAUGGCGGCUCCGAGGCCAUGAAGAAGGGCUACGAGACUGCCAAGCGUCGCGUGGAAGAGAUGCAAGCUGAGGAAGUCAGCCUUCCACGGUCGUCACCCGGGGCCGGGGCCGGGGCCGGGGCCGGAGGCAUGCCCGACUUGAGCAAUCUCGCAUCAAUGUUCGGUGGCGGCGCCGGUGGUGCUGGUGGUGCCGGCGGCAUGCCUGAUCUGGGUUCCAUUAUGAGCAAUCCCAUGUUCGCUAGCAUGGCUCAAAACCUCAUGAGCAAUCCAGACCUCAUGAGUAACCUCAUGAGCAACCCUCGCCUGCGUGAGAUGGCUAAUCAGUUUAGCAGCGGCGGUGGCAUGCCCGACCUGAACAGCCUCAUGUCUGACCCAAACAUUGCUGACAUGGCUCGAAACAUGAUGGGCGGUGGCGGUGCGCCAGGAGGUGCGCCAGGCGGUAACCCAGGUCAGGGCGGUGCUGGACAGUAA